CUUCUUCCGACUCAUUAUCCAAGAUGUCUGUUGAUGUCAGCUUCUCAGAGCGGCUGAGUCACAUUAUGCUCUUGGCGAAUGCUCUUGCUCUGCAGGGCUUGCCUAUGGAUUCGGCUCGCAACGAAGCCAGAAAGCUCGAAGAGGAGAUUCGUGGCAAGGCCACCUCUAUGACUGAGUAUCAAGAGAAGCUCCAGCAAGCACUCAACGCCUUCCUGAUGCCAAUAGAGUCGGCACCAGAGGCAACUCAGCAACCCAGCAAUAACGAAAUUCUCAAUCACCAGGGUCCAUCCUAUGGUGAAUAUCGUUACGCAACCUUCCAUGCUGACGGCCAGUCGGCAACUAUCUUCAAAGCUGCGGCCAAGGAUGAGAAUGGACCUUCGAAAAUUGUCGCGUUGAAAGUCACCUAUCCUUCAAUCAUGCAUCCUCCGCAUAAUGUCGAGAGAGAAGGUCGUCUUCUCGUCAAAGCACGCCACGAGCAUGUUGUGCCCCUUUUAGAAACACUGCAUUUGCCGUCAGGAAGGUUCAUGCUUGUGUUCCCUUUCCUCAGAUAUGACCUUGAAAACCUACUCCGGUCAGGGUGGCUUGAUAGGCGACGGGCGAAGAUGGUCUUUGACGGACUGUUUCAAGCCUUGGAGCACAUACACGGGUUGGGCAUGAUCCAUCGAGAUGUGAAGCCUUCCAAUAUCAUGCUUGCCUCGAUGGAGGGGCCCGUGUAUCUGAUCGAUUUUGGUAUCACAUGGUUAGCCGAGGAUAAGGAUUGCGAGCCCGCGAAUGCCAAAAUCACGGAUGUCGGCACUACAUGUUAUCGACCACCUGAGCUGUUGUUCGGUUAUCGUUCAUACGACUCGUCUCUGGACAUGUGGGCUGCAGGAUGUAUUGUUGCAGAGAUGGUCAGGGGUGGUGGAUUACCACUUUUUGAUGGUGGUGCCGUGGGCAGCGAACUUGGGCUCAUCAAGUCGAUCUUCACCACACUGGGUACACCCAACAACGAGAUAUGGCCUUCUGCUAGUCUCUAUCCCGACUGGGGUAAAAUGAAGUUCCAGGAAUACCCAGGCAAAGCGUGGAAAGACAUCCUACCUGGAACAACUAGCCGAUCCAUUGACUUUGUGCGCACAACGGUGUGCUACGAACCGACUCGAAGAUUGAGUGCAAGUCAAGCGUUGAAGCAUGGACUUGAUCGUUGGGACUUUGCACAAACGUGAACAUGCCACGGCUGUAUACAAGACGCAUCAAUGUAACAGUAACAAAUCCCAAC